AGUCUCUCGGGAGGCUGGAUUAGCCACAAGUUGUGGUGAACCAGGGUAAAAUUCUGUGUGCCCCUUACUCUUCUCUUUACUUAUCUUUUAAUUUAUAAUUCCUGCGAUUUCUUUGAUCCAACGCUAUUCACCCCCCCUCUAGCGUUGGUCUAUUAUUCUAACAAUCGGUAUCGGAGCCUAACUCGCGUCCAAUCUUAACCGUUUGAGAGUAAAGCGAUCAUGGGUUCUUCUUCUAGAAAUCUUUAUGCAGAAAUUGGAGAAGGUCAAUCAACCUCUAGGCCACCGCUUUUUGAUGGCACCAACUACACAUAUUGGAAAGAGCGGAUGAGAAUUUAUAUCCGCUCAACCAUCUUCCAGUUGUGGUUUGUCAUCAAAAACGGCGAAGAAACACCAAUGAAGAAGGUCGGUGAAAAACUCGUCCCAAAGACUGAGGACGAAUUUGAUGCCGAAGACAUCAAAAAGGUGGAGAACUACGCCAAGGCAAUCAACAUGUUGUACUGCGCGGUCAACCCUGAUGAUUAUCGCAAGAUCUCUUGCUGCACCACCGCCAAAGAAAUGUGGGACAAGAUGGAGGUCACAUAUGAAGGUACGGACAAAGUUCGGGAAGCCAAAAUUAACUUCCUAACGCAGGAGUACGAAAUGUUUAGGAUGAAGGAAGGCGAAAAGAUCGAUGACAUGUUCGAUCGGUUCUCAAAGAUCAUCAACGACCUUCAUGCUCUCAAAAAGACUUACGCCAACAAGGAUCUCGUGAGGAAAAUCUCGCGGAGUCUCACACCCGAAUGGAGAUCAAAGGCUGACGCAAUCUACGGAUCCAUCGGAGUCUCCAAAGUCACCAUCAACAGGCUAAGAGGUAACCUCAAAACUUAUGAAUCUACUAUUCUAACCCCGUCUUUGGAUGAACAAAAGAAGAAAGGAAUUGCGCUCAAAGCAACCAAGGAGACCGUAGAAGAAGUCUCAAGCGAUGAGGACAACGAGUUCGGACUCGUCAUCAAGAAAUUCCACAAAUUCAUGAAGAAGGAAUUUGAACGAAAAGGAAGAAAGCACGACGGUCCCCCGAAGUGCUGUGGCUGUGGCGAGAUAGGCCACAUCAAGCCGAGGUGUCCAAAAGGCAAAAGCGGCAAGGACAAACCUGGCUUCAAAAAACAACGUGCCUAUAUCUCAUGGGGUGGCGACUCCGGCGACGAGUCAACUGACCAAGAAGAGGAAGAAGCCGCCAACCUCUGUCUCAUGGCACACGAAGACCAUGCCGACGAAAUACAAGAGUCUUCCAAGGAUGCUAUUUAUAGUUGUAUUGGAUAAUCUAUCCGUUGAAUCAAAAUAGACUAUCCGU